GGAUUUAGCGAGUGACGUGACGAUUUGUGUGUUCUAUGAAAACAAAAUGGCGGACACAGUGGCAUAGUAAGGUCCUUUGGAACUACGUCGGUGUUGGAUAGCCACUCUUCUAUAAGUCACGAUGAAACUGGUCAUAUUAUCACUGCUGGCUUUAUGUUGGACCUGCAAUGGUAUGAUAGAACAUAUUCCACUACCCGGUGGUCUGCUCGAUUGUUUCUCUCGCUAUUCACAGAAGACAAACGUAGUUGACACCGUCGGAGAGUCCAUUGCCUCGUUCUGUUUUGGACAAUACAUGUGGCAAGCUUCAAGAGAACAAGGACUUCCCGGCUUCAAUAUAACCAGAGAGGCAUAUAAUUGGGUACAAAGUCUUCUCCCAAAGCCACCAUCUCGCAGACAUGUACGCCAAGCGGUUUCCCCAAAUCUCAGAAUCAGAAAAGAAUACCGGCGUCUUACCGAUAUGGAACGCGCAAACUUUCAUACAGCUAUACAGUUACUCAAGGCUGAUACGUCGGUGGCUCCCUCUAUGUACGACGCCCUCUCUGCUAUUCACCAGGGAAUGAUGACUCAUUCAGCACACGGUGGUCCUAAUUUCCUUGGUUUCCAUAGAGUAUAUCUUCUAAUGUUUGAGAAUGCCCUACGGACAAAAAUCCCUUCAGUCACUAUACCUUACUGGGAUUCUACUUUAGAUUCAGCUUUGAUCAACCCGACACAGUCAAUAUUGUUUACAGACUCUUUCUUUGGUAAUGGAUUCGGAAUGGUAAACACUGGACCAUUUGCCGGCUGGAGAACACUAUCAGGGCCUCUCAUAAGAAAUAUAGGUCAAGCUGGCUCGCUCUUUCAUGCUAAUGAUAUGGCACGGAUUGUGUCUAGCAUAAGACUCGUACAAAUAACCGAGCCGAACGCUGCCGUAAAUUCAAGUUUAGAAUUCUUGCAUAAUCAAGUGCAUUUAUGGGUUGACGGUCAAAUGGGUUCGCUAGAAACUGCAGCGCAUGAUCCUAUAUUUUGGCUUCAUCAUUCAUACGUGGAUUACAUAUUUGAACUAUUUAGACAGAAUCAACGAAGAUUUGGUAUAGAUCCCACCUCAGACUAUCCAGUUUUUGUAAACAACUCAAUGCAUACAGCAAUGUAUCCCAUGGGACUGGCAGGAUUACGAAAUAUUGAUGGGUUUAAUGACCGGUUCACAAGUAUGAUAUACCAGUAUGAACCGUCACCUGGAUGUUCAUUGAAUUUUCCGGAUUGUGGGUCGCCAUACCUGAGAUGUGUCGUGGCCGGUUUUCAGUCAAGAUGUGUAUCAUUAGAUUGGACUGCCGCCCCACGUGUUUCAGCAAUCAGGCAACAGCUAAUGAACCAAGUUGUACAAGAACAGCGAAUGCAAGCCGUGGCAAGACUUAGCAUGAUGAACGCUGCACGUGCACAGCAAGCACAGGUUACCAUUCAAAACCAGAUGAGAGUGAGUCAGCAACAAAGAUUAUUGGCGGAAAUGCGAAGACAACAAGCUUUAACUAAAGAAAAUGAAAACGCUGGAUUAGACGAUCCAAGUGAACCUACACAAGUACAACGUCGUUCCAUACAGCGUCGUUUUAAACGCCAACUGAAGUUAAAUACAUUCAAGUAUUUACCAGAUCCUAGAGGUAGCCAAUUCAUGAAAGGGAAUCUGAACAUCAAUUCAAACAUUCAGUUUCAAAUGUUACCUCAAACAAACCAGAAUAUGCCAAGCAAUGUUCAGAACUCGACUGAUGCUCCAUAUAUAUCACCACCUGUAAUGCCUGCAGACAUGUGCCCUGUAAUACCAAUGGCACAAGGCUAUCAAAAUACUUUUAAUAUGAACGGUAGAAGUGAUAUCAAGCAAUGGGUUUACAUACCGGUCAAAGUCAUUUAUCAAAGACCACCGACCUUUAACAGUUACGAUUCAUAUCCAAUUGUCAAUGGAGAAGUGGAGGCUGAAGAUAUAUACUCACCAACCGCUUUCAGGACCAUGCAAAAUGUUAUGCCAAAAGGAAAGCCUGCUUCAUAUUCCCAUUGCCAAGCUCAAGAAAGCGGAGCAGGGAAAGUUUAUAUCAGCUCACAGGGCAUGAACUACAUGGGUACAUACAAGGAAUACGCUGUCGUCGAUCAUAGACUUGCAAUAUCUGUUGCAACUGCAUACGUAGCUGUCAAAUCUCCCCAGUUUGGAGCAUCGCAGGUAUUCUUGAAUGCCUAUGAUUCUUGCGGAAGAAUAUGUCAACCUUUCUGUAAACUUGCUGGUGCACAAGGAUUCCAGAGGUGUUCGGGCGCAUUUAGGGUGACCUCAUCAUUUCCAAAGCUUUACGGCACCAAUUAUGGUGAUGCUGUGACACACCUUUGGCAAUUUGGCAAAAAUGAUAUAUGUCCAACAAUGCAAGAUGACAGUAUAUAUAUUCAGUUCCAUUGUAACUUUAAAGAAUCGUGGCCAUUUGGUAUGCAACCCCAACAAGCUGCUCGAGGGCCAGGUGCUGCUGCUUUUGAUGAAAUCGAAGAGCCAGAGGUAUCGAAACAACCAAUUGUAUCGAAUGGACCUGUCAAUGUAAAUCCAACAGCAUGCCAUAUUGGAAACGGAUGUAUGCUUUCAAAAGGAUGUAACCAAUGUGUAAAUGGCAAAAGAUAUAAAUGUAUCGGCACAUGCGCAUUGUAUACUUCCUGUCAAAAUGGUGCCCACCACAUCCAGAGCUGUCCCGAUAAUACUAUAUUCGACCCAGAUGAUUAUGUGUGUGUGCCAGGCAUGUGUCCUAAUAAUUCAAAGGUUUGGUGGCAUGCUUCAAAUGUGAAUGUGUGGAAAUAAAGGACAACCAUCGGACAUUUAAAACUGAGUUGUUUAUAAUUUCAAUGCGUAUUGAAAAUAAAUUGAUAUAAAAAUCUACUAAAUCACAUUUUUGAUGAUGAUAGUAUACAAAUGAUGAAAAUGAUAUACACUGAACUAACCAUUAAAAUGAAUUUUACUUGUAUGUCGUAUUUUUUAAUUAAAUUAACACUUGACAGAUCUUUUUUUUUAUAAUAUAUGUCAAGUUUUUUCGUAAUCUAAGUACUAUACAGAUACUUUCAUUUAUGACCUGAUUCAAAUUGUCGCCCCUUGAUGACAUCAUUUGGUGAUACGAUGGGCAUUGCCAAUAAAUAAAGGGAUAUGAACAUCUAAAUCCUUAAUCUGACAUUCGAAGUGAAUAAUUCAUCAUUGCGUAAAGUAAGGGGAAUAACUGUUCCUCCAUUGGGUUUCCCCAUGUUUCUUUACGAAUGCAUUGAACAUUUUAUAUGAAGUUUGACGUAGUAAAUCAGUCUAGCUAAAUAUUGGUAGCAAACAAGGUAGACAGUACCUUUUCAUUGAAGGUAUUUUCUUUAAAUACAAAACUGACCAAGUAAAUAUUUAAACAGAGUU